GGAUCACUUUUGAAAAUAAAACACAAUUUGGAUUAAUUUUACAAUUUUCGAAGGUGUUGUUGAAACUCAGACUGGCGAGACCUGCUAUCUGUUGAGGCCAUUCCCAAGAACAAUGUUCUUGGCUCUUGUUUCACCUUCACCCUUCGAUUCACUCUCUUCUUCUACCUUCAAUCCCUCACAGCCCCAUCGUUCAACAUUUUCUUCAUCUCCUAUUUCCCGCUCCCUCAAACCUUUUUGGCUUCCCACAUCAAAUUCAACUCACAAACUCGUUAAACGCCUCAAAUCCAUUAGAAAUCAAGCUGAAUCCGACUUCAAAGCCAAAAAUGGCAGCACACCAGGCGACCAUCGGUGGUCUCUUCACGGAACGACGGCCCUCGUUACCGGCGGCACUCGCGGAAUCGGGCGUGCGAUUGUGGAGGAAUUAGUGGGUUUUGGUGCGAGAGUGCAUACUUGCUCUCGGAAUGAGAGUGAGCUGAAACAGUGUUUGAGGGAUUGGAAGGAUUUGGAGUUCGAGGUUUCUGGGUCAGUUUGUGAUGUGUCUGUUCGAGCUCAGAGAGAGGAGCUAAUGAAGACUGUGGCUGAUACUUUUAAUGGGAAACUCAACAUUCUUGUAAACAAUGUGGGUAGAAAUAUACGAAAGCCAACAACAGAGUUCACAGAUGAAGAAUUUUCUUUCCUUAUGAAAACGAACAUCGAAUCUGUCUUCCAUUUAUCUCAACUCGCUCAUCCUUUUCUAAAAGCCUCGGGCGAGGGGAGCAUCGUGUUCAUGUCCUCCGUGUCGAGCUUUGUCUCUCUGAAGUCCAUGUCUGUUCAAGGAGCAACAAAAGGAGCUAUCAAUCAACUCACAAAAUAUUUAGCUUGUGAAUGGGCAAAAGACAACAUAAGGAGCAACGCGGUCGCCCCGUGGUACAUCAAAACGUCAAUGGUAGAACAAGUGUUGAGUAACAAAGCAUACGUCGAAGAGGUAUAUUCUCGAACUCCACUUCGACGACUCGGAGAACCGAGUGAGGUAUCAUCUCUGGUUGCAUUCCUUUGCCUACCUGCUUCAUCUUAUAUUACUGGCCAAAUCAUUGGUGUCGAUGGAGGGAUGUCUGUUAAUGGCUUUGAUCCAAGUUAACAUUAGAAGGAACAGAGAUAUUGAAUGUUUUUCUACAUAGUAUUCUAGUGAUCAUUUGUUUGUUUAAGCGUCCAAAUUACUGAAUAAAGCUAGCCCGAACGAUUGUGAU